CGCGGGUGCCAGCCAGCUGCCAAGGGGCCGCCGAGGGCCGAAAGCGAGGAGAUCCCGUGCCACCUGUACUCAGCAGCAGGCAGUUGGGGCGCGGUAGCCCGUGGGUGUGGUGACUCUCGCUCUCCUUCUCUAUAAACGACAAGAUGGCCGGUGACGAAGAAGCACCUCCGGCUGCUCCCGAGGGCGAGGCUCCCGCCGAGGCUCCCGCUGAAGGCGAGGCUCCCGCUGAGGGCGAGGCUCCUCCCCCCCCACCCAAGAAGAAGCCCAAGUUCUUCGUCCACUGGAACAGGCGCAAGGCCCGCUUCUACGACUACAACUGGGACUACGGAGACAACUACUACAGCUCGAUGGUCAAGUACAUGGACACCAGGAGUGGUGACCGCCCCCGUCGCAUGGCCUUCGCCGAGCGAGGCAUCCGGAGCAACGUGCAGCGUCGGGCUAUCCCUGACACACGCACCGCUUCCCUCCUCGACGAUGUCCGAAAGUCGAUCAAGAACUUCGAGAUCUCCCAGAAGGCGUACAUGAAGUCCUACUAAUUUACUCAUCUUUUGCCAAUUCAUCCAGUGUUCGAGGCCGCGUCAACAAACUGCGGCUCAGAGAAACAGACAAGCUACACCAUCUUGCUUGGCCUUUGAACCUCCAACCACUCAACGGCCAAAGCAACGCGCUAUCUCCGUCGCCAUCUUGGUUUCACAGGACCCGCUCAACGUCACCAGCCGGCCAUGUUGCUCGGACUUGAGGAAAGGAGUCAACGGGAAAACCUUCCUGAGAACCUCUUGUCUUUCACGCCCACGAGAUCAGCCAAAAGACACCGCAAGGUCAUCUCUAGACUUUUCCGUCGUGUGGGAUGCGACCAUCUGAUAACCAUGUCUCAAUUAUGCUUUUUUUUUUUUUUUUUUUUUUUCUUUGACUACAUGUAAAAGCUAUCUGUAUUGGUUAGCUUGAGAUGUCAUAUAUUAUUUCGAAUCCCAUGGCUUAUUUUUAUUGUUAAUCAUUAAUUAGAAAUAACAUCUCGGUCUAUUUUUUUCCAUUUCUACUUCUAUUCUUUACUUAGUCUGCUCUUCACCAAUCGUCGCUGUCAUGUUCUUUGCCCUCUGCUACUGUGUACUCCUUGUGUACGUACGCUUCUCCGUGCGUGCUGGUGCUGUACGUGUACGUACUCUGGUACUGGUGUGUGUGUACAGGCUCGCCCCCCAACUCAGCCCGCGGUGCCCUGGCGGCGGCGACAAGUACGCCCAGCGGCCCCCAGCCCCGUCGCGUAGUGCCGCUGCCCCAGUGCCCGCGGUGCCAGGUUUAGCUUAACACGUCAUCACAAGCUGCCCUGCCAGGGGUGCGGAGAGCCUCGGCCGGGGCUUCCUCGCCUCCUGCAGGGCCUCCGGGCGAUCUGCUCCCGGGGCUCCUGCGGGCGACAGGGCGCCAGCGGUCGGGGCGUCUCUCCAUGCCGCAUUUUUCUUUUUUUAUUAUUAUUCAGCAUCUCAUCAUAUCCGCGUCUCGAUCCCGCCUGUGGAUAUGCUUGAGAUAAAAGUAAUGAUAAUGAUAACUGAGGAGUCUACAGCUCUCUCUCAAAAUACUCUCAAAUACUUUAUCUGUAGUUAUCGAGAACUUUGAUAAAAAAAGAAUAAGACCAUCUGUAAAAA